AUGCAGAACCUCUCAGAGGGUUUACUUGAAGCAGUAAGAAAAGCAGCUGAGACUGCUGAACUGGAAUUGAAGCUCCAUACAUGUAUGAGAAUUCUAAACAAGAUUGAGGUCUUGUGUACACAGUGGCAGGCUGAGGCAGAGACUAAACAACAAUUGACAUUCACUGCAGAUCAAGCAUCCACUAUGAAGAGCUUCACUGAUGCAAUUGCCAUCAUUAAUAAGAAUAGAGAAAACCAGAUCUUAGGCCUGCAGCAGAAGAUUGAAUGUUUACACAGACAGACAACUAUGCUGAACCUGGAGAUCUCAUCAUGA